CUUUCAGCACCUACAAGGCUACAAAUGUACAUUAUUCUUACUUAUUUUCAUUACAACAAUAUUUCACUUUAUUUUUAACUGCUUCUCUUCUGCCAUACAACUGUCCCCAUUUCUUAUGUACUAUAUAAAGGAAGAGUAGUCACCUUAUUUGCUCUCUUCUUUAAGCUUUUUCUUUCAUUUGUGUUUCAUUUCUUCUCUUUCCGGUUCGUCGCGAUCCAAAUAAUAAAAAGAUAUACAAGUAGAUAUGGUGAACUUCUUCACAUUGGUGACUGGGUAUCCGGGUGCGAGCGGGUAUGGAUCGGCUACAACUGCUGAACAAGUUACUGAAGGGAUUGAUGCUUCUAACCUCACUGCUAUUGUCACUGGAGGAGCAAGUGGAAUAGGAUUGGAGACAGCAAGAGUGUUGGCACUUCGGAAUGCCCAUGUCAUAAUUGCUGCAAGGAACAUGAACGCCGCUAAUGAAGCCAAGGAGAUGAUCCUCAAAGACAAUAAAUCUGCACGAAUCGAUGUUCUUAAGCUUGACCUCAGCUCUCUCACAUCUGUCAGAGAAUGUGCUAAUAAAUUCCUAGCUUUAAACUUGCCUCUUAACAUAUUAAUAAACAAUGCUGGCAUUAUGUUUUGUCCAUUCCAGCUUUCUGAAGAUGGGGUGGAGCUACAAUUCGCGACAAAUCAUUUAGGUCAUUUUCUGUUCACAAAUCUUCUGCUUGACAAAAUGAAGCAAACAGCUAAAGCUACUGGCAUUGAAGGAAGAAUAGUGAAUUUAUCAUCAAUAGCACAUCUUCACACUUAUCCAGGAGGAAUUAGAUUUGACAAAAUCAAUGAUGAAGACGGUUACUCUGACAAAAGGGCAUAUGGCCAAUCUAAGUUGGCAAAUGUACUUCAUGCAAAUGAGUUAUCACGCCGUCUAAAGGCAGAGGGCGCCAAUAUUACUGUAAACUCUUUGCACCCAGGAUUAAUCAUGACAAAUCUCAUGAGACAUUCUUAUUUCCUGAUGCGGUUUCUUAAUCUUCUGACAGGGCUAUUGUUAUGGAAAAAUGUGCCGCAGGGAGCUUCAACAACUUGCUAUGUAGCUCUCCAUCCGCAAUUAAAAGGUGAAACAGGCAAGUAUUACGUAGACUGCAAUGAGUUAGAGCCAUAUGCACUUGCUAAAGAUGAGGAAUUGGCAAAGAAACUUUGGGAGUUUAGCGAGAAUUUGGUGAACUCAGCUACGAAGCUUAAACAAAUUAAUUAGUUCAAAAUACAUUUACCUUGCAAAUAAUUAUGAAACAAAACAGUGUCCAGAAUCUCUAAGAUAUAAUUUGUUGUCUUGUGCUACUACCUUGAGCAAAUCAUCCUGUAACAGAUAUGUUUUAUCUUCUAUGUUAUGUUAUGCAAUUCAAAGGCUCUUGAUCUUAUUCAUUAUUUA